AUGGCGUCCUUGUUCAGGCAUGCGUGGGUUCCUCUACUCUUAACUCCGUGUCGGAUUAGCUUUGGGAGCCGCCGCGGCGUUCGCGGUCUAAGGAGGAAACCCCUCCGCGUGCUUCCCUCGGUCGCGGAGGCGCAGGAGAAGCAACGGAUCGUCCCCAGCAAAGUUAAGGCCCCUUACAUCCCGAAAGCGCCCCCAAAGGAGCGCCAACCGGAACCGGAACCCAAAGAGGCGGAGCUGCGUUAUGAGCGGGCCGAACCCAACGAAAAGCGGCUGAGGAAUUUGGUGACACUCGCUAAAUCCAGGGCUUUUCGCGAGAAGCAUGGGAGAAUCCUGCUGGAAGGCCGGAGGCUCAUUACAGACGCCCUGGAGGCGGGAGCCGUUCCGCAGACGAUCUUCUUUAGCCUAAUGGAGAACCUGAAGCAGCUGCCUGCGGCCAAACUCAAACGGGCCACCCUCGUCAAAGUGAAAUACAACGAGAUCAAGAUGUGGUCAGACGUCAUCACACCACAGGGGUUAAUUGGCUGUGUUGAUGCCUGGGAGCCCAAGGUCCUUCGGGCAGGGAUGGGAGCCCAUUUCCGGAUCCCCAUCAUUUCCAACCUGGAGUGGGAGGUGGUGCCCAAUUACCUGCCCACCGAGAGCUGCAUCCACGUGGCCGAGAGUGGCCACGGGAGACUCCCAGAAGAGGCCGAACAGGCUUCACCAGCCCAGGCUGGUCCCUGGAAACCGAAAUCCACCACCCGGACGUCCCAUCUGGCCCCAACAAAGGGGGGAGAGGAGGAGGAGGAGGAGGAAGAAGCGAACUUGCUGAAACUCCAGCCGUAUUACAAUCCGUGGAUGGAUGCCUCCGUGGCCGUCGUGGUCGGUGGGGAGACCCACGGGGUGAGCCCCGAAGCCAAGCAGCUGUCCGAGAGGAGCGGCGGGAAGCAGCUGGCCAUCCCCGUGGUCCCCGGCGUGGAGAGUUUGAACUCCGCCAUGGCUGCCAGCAUCCUCCUCUUCGAGGCCAAGAGGCAGUGGCUGAUCAAGGAAGGCGGGGUUUCCGGGCUCCAGUUGAAACAGUGAGGGCUAGAAUCCCGAAUCUCGACUUUUGUUUCGAAAGUUGUUUUUUUUUUUUAAAGGCUCUCCGAGUGGUCUCCUUUCCAGCCUCUGCUACAUUGCGGCUUCUUUGGGGGGGGAGGGGCUUUCAGAGAGGAGGCCAAAAAAAAAAGGUCAAGAUGGCCACUGCAAUUAGGUAACUGAACUCCGCCCCCUUUUGUAAUAGGUGCGAGGCUUUGAUCAGGCAAAGCGGGGGAUGGGCCAUUUGACUUUUUGAG